AUAAAAGGCAGUCCUUAUCUUCUUGUAUCGCGAGGUCUUUCGUUUCACUCCCCGGUCUGCGAACUGAGGUUCCCUCUUGCUUGAGACCGCGAAGGUCAAAGGAAUUUAGCAAAGAUGAAUAGGGAAAAGUUGAUGAAGAUGGCCGGUUCAGUUCGAACUGGUGGGAAGGGUACCAUGAGAAGAAAGAAGAAGGCCGUCCACAAAACAACAACUACAGAUGACAAAAGGCUUCAGAGCACCUUGAAGAGAAUAGGGGUUAAUGCUAUCCCUGCAAUUGAAGAAGUUAACAUCUUCAAGGAUGACGUAGUUAUCCAGUUUUUAAAUCCUAAAGUUCAAGCAUCAAUUGCUGCCAAUACCUGGGUUGUUAGCGGUGCUCCUCAAAUAAAGAAGUUGCAGGAUAUGCUCCCUAACAUUAUCAAUCAAUUAGGACCAGAUAACCUGGAAAAUCUGAAGAAGCUGGCAGAGCAGUUCCAAAAGCAUGCUCCUGAAGCAGCAGGUGCUGGUACAACUGCGGCGCAAGAGGAGGAUGAUGACGAGGUCCCAGAUCUUGUUGCUGGGGAGAACUUUGAGACAGCUGCUGAGGAGAAGACCACCCAAGCAUCUUAGACUAGAGCUUGACUGUGCCAAUAUUUGCUAUUGUUUCUAAGAUUUUUCCCCCCUCUGAAAUUUAAGUAUUUUCAGGUGCUUAUUGUUUACUUUAAAUAGUUGCAACAAUACUCCUGAAUCGGCUUUCCGUCCUCUUACUAAUACCUUACUUUGAGUCAUUCGUGCGCCUCAUCGUUGAAGCUAGAAGCCAGUUUUGCUGCAUAACAUGCAAUCUGAGUUAACAUUUGGGUCCAGGAAGCAAUUCAUUAGCCCAAGUAGGACUUACUAGUUAGAUUAUUUCUGAAUUAA